GAAGCGGAGGUGGUCUAUCUUGAUGACGCUAGACCCCAUCCCGGUCUCGCACUCAAACUGCUGCCCGGUUCAUCCGCUAACGCGCAUCUGUCAGCGCAGUCACUGCUCGCUUUUAAGACCAACACAUGAGACGAGUCUAUUACCGACAGAAUGUGGCGGGAUGUCAAGUUUUUCCGAUAGUUUACAAACUCAUGUUUUCUGCAUUGUUUCACCCGUGGUCUAAGACUGGCAUCAAGUUCAGGGUUGAUAACAGGUGUCUGGAGAGGAGCCUGGCUGUCUGGACAACAUGGAGCUGCUGCAGCAGGGGAGGACAGGAGAGACAGUCAUUAGUCAGGACAGGGUCAAGGGACAGGAGGUGGCCAAGUGCCCCCUGGACCUCCCAGAGUACCAGACCACACAGCCACAGCCACAGCCACUACCCAAUGUUUUUACCCAACAGCCACUGUCUAAUGGGACAGCCGGGGAACACACAGCAGAGCUCCCAGGGCCCUCUGUAAGGUCUGCCAGAGCUGAUGGUGAAGAUAGUGAUGAUUCUAUGACAGAUCUCAACACAACUGACGACGCGUCACAUCUCCUACCAAACAGUAUGCCAUCAAACCCAUACCAUCUACCGAGAGAGCUUCCCAGCGGGGUCCCUGUGUCGUCCAGUCCGAAAACUUCCCCCAAGACCCUGAUCAACGGAGCCUCCCCCUCCCCCAUCUGUACCCCUCCAUCUGCCUCUCUUAACCAGAGAGGAUGGAGCCCACCUCAGUCCCCUCAGUCCCCAGCCUGUGACAGACACCAUGGGCACGCUAUUAAAAAACAACACCUGCCGUCCACCACAAGGAGCCAGAACUCAUUGAAAGCUGACGCCACUCAGAUAAAGGAAAUAGCUGGAGAUGACUGCUGUGUACACUGUGUCCUGGCCUGUCUGUUCUGUGAGGUGCUAUCCCUGUGCUCGGUGCUGGCCCAGUGUCUGGCGUGCGGAGAGGGCUGUGAGGUGCUGUGUUGCUGUGGGGAGGGGGCUGCCGGCGGGUUGGCCUGUGGGGAGGACGCCUGCUCUGCCCUGUUGGAUUGUGGGAUACUAGAGGACUGCUGCGAGUCUUCAGACUGUCUGGAGAUCUGUCUGGAGUGUUGUUCUAUCUGCUUCCCUGUGUAGAAGAAGAAGAAUGGAGGAAGAGGAAGAAGAUUGAAACAUUUGACAGAAAGACAGGUGAAGUGGCUCUGUGUUAGGCCUCCUAAACGGACUGAACUGUAAUAGACGGGACAAAUGACCACAACCACCAUGUUGAACGCUUUUCAUUACCCCCCGUCAGAUGUCUCUGUUCUACACUAACAUUGAUUAAACUUUGGCUUUUGGGUUUAUUUAAUAUCAGUGUUUAUUUUGCAAAGCCAUUAAGCUACAGCACAGGUUGAGGAUGAAAUGUUGUACUGACCAGUCUGACCAAUCAGGUUGAGGAUGAAAUGUUGUACUGACCAGUCUGACCAAUCAGGUUGAGGAUGAAAUGUUGUACUGACCAGUCUGACCAGUCAGGUUGAGAUGUUGUACUGACCAGUCUGACCAAUCAGGUUGAGGAUGAAAUGUUGUACUGACCAGUCUGACCAAUCAGGUUGAGGAUGAAAUGUUGUACUGACCAGUCUGACCAGUCAGGUUGAGAUGUUGUACUGACCAGUCUGACCAAUCAGGAUGAGAUGUUGUACUGACCAGUCUGACCAGUCAGGUUGAGAUGUUGUACUGAGCAGUCUGACCAAUCAGGAUGAGAUGUUGUACUGACCAGUCUGACCAAUCAGGAUGAGAUGUUGUACUGACCAGUCUGACCAGUCAGGUUGAGGAUGAGAUGAUGUACUGACCAGUCUGACCAAUCAGGUUGAGAUGUUGUACUGACCAGUCUGACCAAUCAGGUUGAGAUGUUGUACUGACCAGUCUGACCAAUCAGGAUGAGAUGUUGUACUGACCAGUCUGACCAAUCAGGAUGAGAUGUUGUACUGACCAGUCUAACCAAUCAGGAUGAGAUGUUGUACUGACCAGUCUGACCAAUCAGGAUGAGAUGUUGUACUGACCAGUCUGACCAAUCAGGUUGAGGAUGAGAUGUUGUACUGACCAGUCUGACCAGUCAGGUUGAGAUGUUGUACUGACCAGUCUGACCAAUCAGGAUGAGAUGUUGUACUGACCAGUCUGACCAAUCAGGAUGAGAUGUUGUACUGAGCAGUCUGACCAAAAAUUAAAAAAUCAAUCGUAAAAUUGAAUUAAUUCUCAAAAAUUAGAAUUGUUUUUAAUUGCAAACUAGGACUAAGGGAAGAAUACUAUAAAAGCUGAAGAAGGGUUGACACGUCGACGUCGAGGAAGUAAUGGGAUGACUGUAGAUCAUGACAGUUAACAGUACAGUGAUACAGAUGGAGCAGCUUCGUUAGAGCCAGUUGGCUACAGCAGGAAAAGAAUCCUGCAGCAACAGGAAAUGGGAAUUAUUGUUCUGGAUUAUAAUUAAUGGACAUUUUUUUUGUAGGGGUUGAUACAGUAUUCAUAAGGGAAAAUCUAGUCUGUAAUUUCAUAGUGGAAAUUACAAUCUUUAGAAGCUUUUUUUUUUUAAAUCUCAAAUACAAGCAUCUGUAUUUUAUUUUAUUUUUACAAUAUGAGAUUUAACAUUGGUUUAUAAGAUAUUUUGUUACAAUAUGAGAUUUAACAUUGGUUUAUAAGAUAUGCUGUUACAAUAUGAGAUUUAACAUUGGUUUAUAAGAUAUGCUGUUACAAUAUGAGAUUUAACAUUGGUUUAUAAGAUAUGCUGUUACAAUAUGAGAUUUAACAUUGGUUUAUAAGAUAUGCUGUUACAAUAUGAGAUUUAACAUUGGUUUAUAAGACAACUUGUGCCACUUGCCUCUGUCUGGAUGAGUACACACUAUAUGUCAUCUGUUUCAUUUUGUAUUGAUGAGAUCUUUCAACAAUCAAUAUGCAAUUCUGAAAACAUAUCUACAUAGACAACAUGUUGUAAGACAAGAUUAGAAAAGUAGUUGAAACAUGGAGUUUUAAACCUUGUCCUUAAACAGUCACUUUCCUUUGUCUUUAACUGGUAGGAAAUCUGUUUCGUAUCUGGAUGUUAAGUAUACAGUAUCUAGUCUGGAUGUUAAGUAUACAGUAUCUAGUCUGGAUGUUAAGUAUACAGUAUCUAGUGUGGAUGUUAAGUAUACCGUAUCUAGUCUGGAUGCUAAGUAUACAGUAUCUAGUCUGCAUGUUAAGUAUACAAUAUCUAGUCUGGAUGUUAAGUAUAUAGUAUCUAGUCUGGAUGUUAAGUAUACAGUAUCUAGUCUGGUUUAAGAGUACAUUGUCUAGUCUCGAUGUUAAGUAUACAGUAUCUAGUUUGGAUGUUAAAAACCUCUACAGGAUCGGUGUCCCCCCCACGGGACGGUUAAGCUAACAUAGGCUAAUGUGAUUAGCAUGAGGUUGUAAGUAACAAGAAUAUUUCCCAGGACAUAGACAUAUCUGAUAUUGGCAGAAAGCUUAAAUUCUUGUUAAUCUAACUGCACUGUCUGAUUUAGAGUAGCUAUUACAGUGAAAGAAUGCCAUGUGAUUGUUUGAGGAGAGUGCACAGUUAUGAACUUGAAAAUGUGUCAAUAAACCAAUUAGGCACCUUU